CACGACGCGCCAUGUCGACACGCGCUGCUCCCCACUUCAGCAGAACUCUUCUCUUUACACUCCACGAUCCAGGUUGACGAUCGCAAUUGACCUUCUUUCUGCUGCUAUUCUGAAAUCAUGGCUCCUCUCGAAGUGUUGAUGGUCGGAACCGGCGAGUAUACGACGGGCUUCGUAGGCGGGGGCAUGUCGGGAUCAGACAAGAAAGUGGGAGUUGUUGGACUUACACUCUUCGAUCUGAGGCGACGUGGGAAGGUUGGCAAGCUCUCUAUGGUGGGCGUCUCUGGCAACAAGUUCCCAGCGAUUCGCGAGCAUUUGCACAAGAACAUCUCGCAAGUCUACAACGGCCUUGAUGUUGCGUUCGAGGAGUACCCGAAAGAAGGUAAACGCGACCCAGACUCCUACAAAACCGCCAUCGAUGCUUUACCGAAGGGUAGCGCUAUUACUAUCUUCACACCGGAUACCACUCACUACCCAAUUGCUCUCUACGCAAUCGAACGGGGCAUCCAUGUACUCAUUACCAAGCCAGCUGUCAAGCUUCUCGAACACCAUCAGAAGCUGCUAGAGGCCGCCCGCAAGCACAAUGUGUUCGUGUAUGUGGAGCACCACAAGCGCUACGACCCCGCCUACGCAGACGCGCGGUACAGAUCCCAGAAGCUGGGAGACUUCAACUACUUCUACAGCUACAUGAGCCAGCCGAAGAGUCAACUGGAAACGUUCAAAGCGUGGGCUGGUGUGGACAGCGACAUCUCGUACUAUCUCAAUUCCCAUCACAUCGACGUGAACGAGUCCAUGGUACCGGACUUCAAGCCACUCAAGGUGACAGCGAGUGCCGCAGAGGGAAUAGCGACAGAUCUCGGUUGUGCGGAAGGUACAGAAGAUACCAUCACAUUGCUAGUAGACUGGGUCAAGAAGGAUGACCCGAAGAAGCGCGCAACGGGUGUCUAUACAGCGAGCUGGACGGCUCCGCAGAAGGCUGGCGUGCAUUCGAAUCAGUACUUCCACUACAUGGCUAGCAAGGGCGAGGUCAGGGUGAACCAAGCUAAGCGUGGUUACGAUGUAACCGACGACGAAGGGGGAUUGCUGUGGUACAACCCGUUCUACAUGAAGUACGCGCCUGAUGAAGAAGGCAACUUCGCGGGUCAGACCGGAUAUGGGUACAUUUCGUUUGAGAAGUUUGUGGACGCGGUGAACGGCCUAAACGCUGGAAAGGUUAUAUUGGACGAGCUAGACAAACGUGGUCUACCGACGUUGAAGAACACAUUAGCUACUGGUGCUAUUUUGGAGGCUGGGAGAAGGUCACUAGAUGAGAAGAGACCGAUUGAAAUCGUGGAGGAGGCUGGUAUCUGGUCACUGAAGUGAGUGAUGCAGCAAAACGCUAAGAAGGCGCAUACUUGAAAAUUGAGGCGCUAGCAAGCAAUGGCAACGAAUCAGGUUGCUUUCAUAGUUGAAAAAACAAAAGACACGGGAGCCUAUGAUAUGGAAGAGGCUCAUAAAGCGUCGUAUGGAAAUAAACGCCUGUGGACCUAAGAAUGAGAAGGAUUCAUUGGGCGCUGGCAGAUCGGUUAAUCGAUCGAGGCACUACCUGGUGUUACGUGACCUUCCGAAGGUGAGAGAGACUUAUAUCAGUGAGCUGGAGACCCAUCUCGAUGAUCUCAAACCUCAUGUCGAAGAUCUAGCAGCCCUACAAGAAUGCGGGGGCACAAAUCUCGAUAGACGCUCGGACCAGCAAC